AUGGCACCCAAGGAAAUGCACGAACUGAAGGAACAACUGCAAGACUUAUUGGACAAGGGGUACAUCCAUCCUAGUACUUCACCGUGGGGAGCUCCAGUGUUGUUCGUCAAGAAGAAGGAUGGGAGCAUGAGGUUGUGUAUCGAUUACAGAGAAUUGAAUCAAGUGACAGUCAAGAAUAAGUACUCUCUUCCACAGAUUGAUGAUUUAUUUGACCAACUUAAGGGGGCAGGCAUGUUUUCUAAGAUUGAUCUAAGGUCGGGUUAUCAUCAACUAAAGGUAGCCGAUAAGGACAUUCCAAAGAUGGCUUUCCGGACUCGUUAUGGGCAUUAUGAGUUCACAGUAAUGCUGUUUGGUUUGACUAAUGCCCCGGCAGUAUUCAUGGAUUUGAUGAACCGUGUGUUUAAACCUCACUUGGACGAUUUCGUGAUCGUGUUUAUCGAUGACAUCUUGGUUUACUCCCGAUAUAGUGAAGAAUAUGAGAGACACCUACGGAUUGUUCUACAAACUUUGAGAGAGAAACAAUUGUAUGCCAAACUCUCUAAGUGCGAGUUUUGGAAAGACAACGUGGCACCUUAUGGGAAGAACACUUAG